CUGUCGUCCUGGCUUUAUGUGGCAAUAGUCGUGGCGUCGACGUUUAUUACUAUUAUUAUCAUUUGCCGUAACAUCCCUCUUUAUGCGUCGCUACGAUAUAGUGAUAAGUACCUACGCAAUACGCGACAACAUGUCGGUAGUUCGUUUUUGUCAGUUAAAUUGAUUACAAUAUUUCUAAUUAGCGACUAUGAAAAAUGUAUAUUGAGUAGUGAGAGUGACUUUCCGGCGUACGCAGUAGAAUAAACGUCGACACAUUAUUGUGCCUUUUCAUCGUUGUGAUAAUCGCGAGCAGUGUGCAAUUGUAUGACCAUUAACUAAUAUAUGUUAGUAUUUGUGUAUGACUUAUAGUGAUUUAAACGUAAAAAUGGUAGAAUAUUCAAAUUCAGAAUUUGCUACAAUGCUAAAGCUCUUACAAAACUCUCAGAGUGCAAUACAAUCAUUGUCUACUUGGUGCCUUAUACAUCAUAAACAUUACAAAAGCAUAAUCAUUAUCUGGUUGAAUACUAUAAGGAAGGUGAAGAUCAAGAGACGUUUGACUUUGUUUUACUUAGCCAACCAUGUCAUACAAUACAGCAAGAAAAAAAAUUACAAAUUUUUUGUUAGAUGGAAAAUUGCUAUUCAAAAAGCAAUCCCCUAUGUCCGAGAUGAAACAAUACAAUUUCAAAUUUCAAGAAUUAUUAAAAUCUGGGAAGAACGAGAUGUAUAUGAUGUUAGCUAUUUAGCUGAUUUAACUCGUUUAUUAACUACACCAAUUCAUAAAUUUAAAUCAACUAAUUCUGUACAAGAGAUUCAAAUUGAUGCAAUAAAAACUAAAAUACGUUAUUGUGCUAAACUGGAACAGAUUAAUGGCUCGAAGAUGAAAAAUUUAACAGAAGCUAUCUUGUCUUUUACUAAUGAAGAAACUAUACAGAAUAUGUUAAAAGAUCGAACAUUGAGCCAUGAAUUAAUUAAUGAUAAUAUGUCAAACAUUGAAAGUUAUAUUAAAUGCUUAAAACGAGAAAUUAUUGAUCGUGCCCAACUAAUAGAUGCUAUAGAAGUUGCUAAAUCUUAUUAUAAAAAAAAAAAUACAGAAAUGAAAAUUGUUGCUCAAGAAUAUUUCAACUACACUGAAAGAGUAAAACUUUUAAAAAGUGUAUUGGAAUUAUUGGUUAGUUAUUUGCCAAUAAAAAAUCCAAUGUCUUUACCUCACAUUAAUGGGCAACCUCCUUCAGCAUCUUCUGUUUCUAUUGUAGACUUAAACAUACAUAAUAUGAACAAUAAUGCUGUAUUAAACUCUGAUAAAUAUACUAUGAAUUCUUCCAUGAUAAAUACCAUUAAUGAUACUGAUAUUGCUGCGCUCACUACGGUUCAAGAACCUUAUGGCCCAGCUUCUAUGAAUUUUCCAGCAAUAAAAAAUCAAGAUAAACAAUCAUUAACCAAUCAGUUCCUAAAUGAUGCUCCAUCACUGCCCCCAGAUGAGACUUUAUCAUAUUUUGCAUUUCCUAACCAAACAAAGAUGAAUAACAAUAAUAAAAGUACUACAUAUUCUGCAAGUAGUAAUGAAGCUUAUGAACAUACUCCAAUGUCAUCUACUCAUCAAUUUAUAACUUCUGAAUUCUCCAUUAAUAUGGUAUCUCCUACUAAUUUGUCAUCAAUUGUAAAUGAAAGUACUAUGCCAGGAUCUCAUGUUCCACAAACUGCUUGCGAUGUAACUCUACAAAGUGAUUGGACAACCAAUGACACGCCAGCAUCUUCGCUUCUUCAUGAGAAAAUCUCCUAUCAAAAUACUCACAUUAUCAAUAAAACUGAUGGAGAGUCAGGAAUUGAUCACUGUGUCUUACCAUCAAAAAUAAUAGAUAGUGAUGAAACAGUUUCUCCAAAAACAAUAAAUGAAACUUCCUGUAUUGAACACAGAAACUUCAAUAGUUCCACACAUCCUACUAGUAUGAAUUCAUUAACGGUAUCUGUUGAUGCUGAUUGCCAAGCAUUUUGUGAUAUUCUUGUACCAUCUUCACCACCAAAUUUGCUUAUAGAAGCUGUCAGUAGUCCGCUAAAAGAUAAUUUAGAAAUUGUUGAUAUGGAUUUGAGUGACAAUGAUGUUAAAGAUACUGUAGGAAGUGUUGAUGUGGAUUUGAGUGAAGGUGAUGAAAAAUCUAAAUCACACCAAGAUCAAAAAUAUCCUGUACUCUUACCACCACCACUUCUACCAAUGCAUUUUUACCAACAAAAUGUACCAUAUGUUACAUACCAAUGGAAACAAACUUCCCAAUCGUGGAGUAAUGAUAAACCAAAUUUUAAUGAAAACCAGUGGAAUAUAAAACAAUCUGAUCAAUGGAAACAUCCUAAACAGUGGGAACAAGAUCAAAGGUUUUCAAACAUUGUACAUAAUAAUCCUUACAGUCUGCAGCCUCAACAUAGUCAGAGAAUCCAACCCAAAGAAGAUUUUAUGCCAAAAUGUGAAAGAAGAAUUAAUAUUUGGGCAUCAAGAGAUCCUAGAAAUUUCAUUUCGUAUUCUAGACCUACUGGUACAGGGAAUCAGGACUAGAGGACUGAAAAAUCAACCUUUGUAAAUUGUUAUAACUAUGUACAAAAUAA